AUGGAUACCUAUCAUACCAGAAACUAUUGGCUCUUUUGCUACACGAGCGAUCUCAUUUUGAUAUGUGUGNNNNAUCAGUCUGGUCUACGUUGUUAUUCUAGGAAUUGUUUACUGUGA